AUGGGAUCACCAUCCAUCCAUCCAUCCAUCCAUACCGCCACCGCCACCGUCGCCGGCGCCGCUGCCACCGCAGUCGCCGCCGCCUUAGCACGACGACGACGACGACGACGCGUUACGGCGGAGGAAUCGCAGCAGUCGAGGUGGAAGCAGCAGCAGCAGCGGUCGUGGUGGCAGCGGAAGCAGCUUCGUGUUAUGUUCAGUGGUGCGUGA